CUCCCUCUGGCUGUGCUCGUGCAGUGCAAAUCACGCAAGAAAGCCGACCGCGAGUGGCAGCGGUGCUCGACGUGACCUGGCGCUGCCCGCGGCCCUCGUUUCCGCUCCGAGCUCCUCGACUGCGCGCCGCCGCAGCGCGACCUACGCGCACGCCGCCGAACCAGUCGGCACCCCCGGCGCAGGGGUCCGGGCCGCCUCGAGGCGCGCGUCGAUGCCCCGCGCGACGGGGCCGCGCCCGGCAGAGCUGCACCCCGGGGCGCCCGGGCGCGCCAGGCGAGGCCGCGCCGACCAUCAUAACAUGAAGACGACGGCUGUGGUGGCGCGUCACCCCCUCCUGUAUCGAGGGCCUCGAGCGGAGCGCUCCUCGUGUCAAGAGGAGGAGGAGGAGGAGGAGGAGGAGGAGGAGGAGGAGGAGGAGGAGGAGGAGGAGGAGUACUCUCGGGAGGGCGCGGCGCCUCGUGCGAUCGCGCCUGCGCGUGGCUCGGCGGAGCGGACCGGGAGACGGAGCGGGAAGGGCAGAGAUCGGCCUUGCGGGAAGGGGGAGGGGGAGGAGGCCAAGGGCGGUGCGGGCGAAGGCGCUGCAACAAUCAGGGCAGUAGAGUCAUGCACAGCUGGUCGGACCGAGCUCUUUUUGCUCGGGCCUUCCUCGUAGCAAGGCGCAGGGCAUAGGCUGAGUGCGAAGGGGUGCCUGCAUGAGCACCCUAAAGCCAUCAAGCGACACAAAUCUCAUCCCCUGAAUGGGGGUUCCAGCAUCUCUUUACCACCACCCCUUUCCUCCU